CGGGGAGCCGAGCGCGAGAGGGAGGCGAGCGGCGAGACACAGGCUCCGAGGCUCGAGCGAGCGAGCGACGAGCGAGCCCGGGAGGGAGGGAGGGAGCGAGCGAGCGAGCAGCCGCGUCGGCGCCUCGCAAUCCGCCGCCAUCCCGCCGCCUCCGCGCCCGACCGCCGCCCGACCGCCAUCGCCCGGCCCAGUCGCGCCCGCGGAACCAGACCAGGCAGAUCGGGAGCGGUGCCGAGAAAAAUUUCCUUACUAGAUGACAUUUCAUCGCAAUGUCCGAUCGUUUGGGGCAAAUAACCAAGGGCAAGGAUGGGAAAAGCAAGUAUUCAACUCUCAGCCUGUUUGAUAAGUAUAAAGGAAAAGCAGUAGACUCGGUCCGAUCCUCAGUUAUUCCUAGACAUGGCUUACAGAGUCUCGGGAAAGUUGCCACAGCCCGGCGUAUGCCACCGCCUGCAAACCUGCCAAGCUUGAAGUCUGAAAACAAAGGAAACGACCCCAACAUCGUUAUAGUACCCAAGGACGGGACGGGAUGGGCAAACAAGCAGGAUCAGCAAGACCCAAAGAGUUCCAGUGUGACGGCCUCUCAGCCGCCGGAGUCGCUGCCGCAGCCGGGUUUACAGAAAUCUGUCUCCAAUUUGCAGAAACCGACACAGUCGAUCAGUCAGGAGAAUACAAAUUCAGCGCCAGGUGGACCAAAGUCAUGGGCACAGCUGAAUGGAAAGCCAGCAGGACACGAAGGUGGUUUAAGGGCCUCAAGCCGACUAUUAUCCUUCUCUCCCGAGGAAUUUCCGACGCUGAAAGCAGCUGGAGGGCAGGACAAGGCUGGCAAAGAAAAGGGCGUCUUAGAUCUGUCGUAUGGGCCAGGACCAAGCCUCCGCCCUCAGAAUGUGACAAGCUGGAGGGAGGGCGGUGGGCGAAACAUAAUUUCUGCCACGUCUCUGAGCGCCUCCCCAACUGAGCUGGGCAGCAGGAACUCGAGUGCGGGAGACGGAGCCCCCUCCUCGGCAUGUACCAGCGAUUCUAAGGACCCCUCUCUCCGCCCGGCUCAGCCUGUCCGAAAAGGGGCUUCACAGUUCAUGGGGAAUGUAUACCACCCACCUACAUACCAUGACAUGCUUCCUGCUUUUAUGUGUUCACCACAGUCAGCCGAGAACCAGGGUACAGUGGAACGAGGAUCUUUCCCCCUUCCCCAGCUCCGUCUUGAGCCCCGUGUUCCUUUUAGACAGUUCCAGAUGAAUGACCAAGACGGAAAAGAAAACAGGCUGGGAAUGACUCGUGCGGUCCGUCCACUGAGACAGCUGGUGGAACGGGCGCCACGGCCCACCAUCAUCAACGCGGAAAACCUGAAGGGCCUCGACGACCUGGACACCGAUGCUGACGACGGCUGGGCAGGCCUCCAUGAAGAAGUGGACUACUCAGAGAAGUUGAAGUUCAGUGAUGAUGAAGAGGAGGAAGAAGUUGUGAAGGAUGGCAGGCCAAAGUGGAACAGUUGGGAUCCCAGGAGGCAGCGGCAGCUGUCGAUGAGCUCUGCAGACAGUGCUGAUGCCAAGCGCACCCAAGAGGAAGGAAAGGACUGGGGCGAAGCAGGAGGCAUGACCCGUGUUGUCCGGAAGGUGCCAGAACCUCAGCCGCCUUCCAGGAAGCUUCACAGCUGGGCGUCAGGCCCUGACUACCAGAAGUCCUCCGUGGGCAGCGUGUUCCGGCAGCAGUCUGUGGAGGACAGAGAGGACAAGCCACCCCCACGGCAGAAGUUCGUCCAGUCGGAGAUGUCCGAGGCCGUGGAACGAGCCCGAAAGCGCCGGGAGGAGGAGGAGCGCCGGGCACGGGAGGAAAGGCUGGCCGCCUGUGCCGCCAAACUCAAGCAGCUGGACCAGAAGUGUAAGCAGGCGCAGAAGGCGAGCGAGGCCCAGAGGCAGACGGAGAAGGAAGCCCCCCGCUCUCCAGGUGCCGAGAAGGUGCCCCCGCAGGAGAACGGCCCUGCUGUCCGCAGAGGCUCCCCAGAGUUCUCUGCCCAGGAAGCCCCCAACACGUUUCCGGAGGAAGCCCCCACAGCUCUGCCAGCUGUGGCUCAGAGUGGCGGCAGUGAGGAGGGGGCCAGGGAGCCGGGGUCCCCUGCUCAGGAGUUCAGCAAGUACCAGAAGUCGCUUCCUCCCAGGUUCCAGCGCCAGCAGCAGCAGCAGGAGCAGCUGUACAAGAUGCAGCACUGGCAGCCGGUGUACCCUCCGCCGUCCCACCCGCAGCGCCCCUUCUACCCACACCACCCCCAGAUGCUGGGCUUCGACCCCAGGUGGAUGAUGAUGCCUUCCUACAUGGACCCGCGUAUCCCGCCCGCGAGGACCCCUGUGGAUUUCUAUCCCUCAGCCCUGCAUCCCUCAGGACUGAUGAAACCCAUGAUGCCCCAAGAUUCCCUCAGUGGGACUGGCUGUCGCUCUGAGGAGCAGAGCUGUGUGCCCCCACUGCCGGAAAGGAAAGUGCCGGCCAUCGACCCAGCCCCUGUGUGGAGCCCCGAGGGUUACAUGGCACUACAGAGCAAGGGCUACUCGCUCCCUCACCCGAAAUCCAACGACACUUUGGCCGUGGACAUGCAUGUCAGGAAUGAAAGCCCUUACUCUGCCUCACCCGGAAGGUCAGGGGGCGUAAGUGCCCGGCGCGAUCUCCUUGAGGAGAGAGGGGAGGAGUACUUGAGUGCUUUUGACAAGAAGGCCCCAGCAGACUUUGACAGCUGUGUCUCUUCUCAAAGAAUAGGCCAGGAGCUUUUGUUUCCACCCCAAGAAACUGUUCAGGAAGCAGGCGCUCCUGGGAGUCACACCCCAAACCUCAGGUGUUCCCCACUGGAGCCCGACUUUGUCCCCGCUGAGAAAAAGCCAGAGUAUAGCGACUGGGACGUGAGCCACCCGCCGAAGGCCGCCAACCCAGACGCCGGGGUCGAGAAGGAGGCGGCCCGGGAGGAGCCGGCCUUCUGCAUCUCCCCUUGGGAGAAGGAAGGCAGCCCCGGCAAACAGCCGGCCCUGGAGCCCGAGUGGACACCAGAAGCCCGGGGCGCCGGUAGCCAGCACCAGGAGCAGACCAGCAGGACCCGGAGGUCCGGCCCCAUCAAGAAACCUGUCCUGAAGGCCCUCAAGGUGGAAGACAAGGAGAAGGAGCUUGAGAAGAUGAAGCCGGAGCUGGGGGAGGGCAGCGCCCGCCUGGCCCAGGAGACGGGGCCGGUCCGCGAGGCAGCCCAGGACGAGGACCAGGAGAACGACCCCGCGCUGGCCAACGCGGCCCUGGCUGCCUCGGAGGACCAGGGCUCGGCCUGUGCCGCCUCGGGCCGCGAGGCCAGCCGGCCUGAGGAGGACGACAAGCCCGACGCGGCCCGGGAGGCCAGACCCUCCCGGGAGGCCAGCCACACACCCCCAACCAAGAGGAAUAAUUGGAUCUUCAUUGACGAGGAGCAAGCCUUUGGGGGCCGGGGGCAGGCCCGUGGCCGCGGCCGCGGGUUCCGAGAGUUCACCUUCCGCGGGCGGCCAGCUGGCAGCGGCCUCUGUGGCGGGGGCAUCCUUGGGGCGCGGGGCCUCUACGGCAGCAGCCAGAGGAGUGGCCGGGGCCGGGGGCCGCGGGAGUUCGGGCCUCCAGACGACUUCCCCCGGGCCAAGCCCCGGCGGAGGAUCGCCAGCGAGACCCACAGUGAGGGCUCCGAGUACGAGGAGCUUCCCAAGCGGCGGCGGCAGCGGGGCGCUGAGACCGGGGACGAGGGCGCGCUCCUGGAGCGGGAGGAGGCCUCUGGGAGAAAGGGUGACUUCAGGGAGUCCUGGCGGUCUGGCAGGAUGUACCCCGAAGACCAUGGCGGGCCAGAGGCCAAGAACCGAGGCCCCCGGGCCUUCGGGCGUGCCCUCCCCCCGCGGCUGAGCAACUGCGCAUACGGCCGGAGAACCUUCGCGGCCAAGGAGGCGGCCCCCUGGCCGAGCCGGGGUCCGGGCACCUCCUGGCAAGAGUCCGGCACCCCCGACAUGUGCGGGGCCCGGCGGCCCUCAGACAGAGACUACAUCCCGGACAGCUACAGACACCCCGACACCUUGGGCGCCCGGGGCUUCGAGGAUGGCCGGGUGGAGGACAAGAGGGCCUUCUUCCAAGACGACCACGCGGCAGAUUCCGAAAAUGCUGAGAACCGGCCCUUCAGGAGAAGGCGGCCCCCGCGCCAGGACAAGCCCCCCCGCUUCCGGCGCCUUCGGCAGGAGCGGGAGGCCCUGGGCCUGUGGGGGCCGGAGGACGAGCCGCCUCUGCCGGCGGGCCCGUGGCCGGGCCGGCCCAGACCCUGUCCCGGGGAUAGGAGUGGCGCCACGGGCCGCAGGUCCCCCGAGCUCGCCUACCAGAACUCCUCGGACCACGCCAACGAGGAGUGGGAGACGGCCUCCGAGAGCAGCGACUUCAGCGAGCGGCGGGAGCGGCGGGCCGGCCCCGGGCCCGAGCCUGACCCCCAGGCCGACAGCGGCCUGCCCGGGGCAAGCGCGGGUGAGAAGAAGGAGCUGGCCAAGCGGAGCUUCUCCGGCCAGAGACCCCUGGUCGACAGACAGAGCCGGAAGCUGGAGCCGGGAGGGUUUGGGGAGAAGUCUGUUAGGCCAGGUGGCGGUGAAGCUUCUCCCCGGUAUGAGAGCCAUCAGAACGGGACACCUUUGAAAGCCAAAAGGUCCCCGGAUGAGGCCUUGCCCGGAGGUCUUGGCUGCAGCAGUGGGAGCGGCCACUAUACCCUGGAGCGGGCAGCCCAUGCCACCUCUGACAUGCCCGACACCUCCUGUGAGAAGGCAGAGAAGGAGGCCAAGCUGGCUGCCCAGAGGGCAGGCGAGCAGGGAGAGACCAUGAAACCGUUUGACCUGAACUAUGGAAAUGCCAUCAUUGAAAAUUGUGGAUCCAGCCCUGGCGAGGAGAGUGAGGUGGGGUCUAUGGUGGGCGAAGGCUUCAUUGAAGUCCUGACCAAGAAGCAGCGCCGCCUGCUGGAGGAAGAGAGGAGGAAGAAGGAGCAAGCCGUGCAGGUACCUGUCAAAAGCCGAAGCCUCUCCUCUCGUAUUCCUCCUCGGUUUGCGAAAAAGCAGAACCACCUGUGCCUGGAACAAGGUGACGGGAGCGUGCCUGGCAGCAGCCUGGGCACCGAGAUCUGGGACAGCAGCAGCCAGGCCCUCCCCAUUCAGGCCUCGACCAGCGACUCCUGGACCAAAGCCACCACUGCCUUCACUAGCACCGAGCCCAGCUCUGCUGAGCAGGGCUUUAAGAGCAGCCAGGGAGACAGUGGUGUUGACCUGAGCGCCGAGUCCCGAGAGUCCUCAGCGACCUCCUCGCAGCGCAGCUCCCCAUACGGCACCCUGAAGCCCGAGGAGGUGAGCGGGCCCGGCCUGGAGCCCAAGGCCGACAGCCACAAGGAGCAGACUCAGAAGCAGUCGGAGCCGAAGGAUUCAGAACAAGGCUCAGGACAGAGCAAGGAGCACAGACCGGGGCCCAUCGGCAAUGAGCGUUCUCUGAAAAACAGAAAGGGCUCCGAGGGGGCCGAGCGGCUGCAGGGGGCUGUGGUGCCCCCUGUCAAUGGGGUGGAGAUUCACGUGGACUCCGUGCUGCCGGUGCCGCCCAUUGAAUUUGGAGUCAAUCCAAAGGAUUCUGAUUUCAGCUUGCAGCCUGGUUCUGCCUCUGGUCCCACGGGGAAUCCAGUUGUCAAACUUCAGGACGCCUUGGCCAGUAACGCCGGGCUGGCACAGAGCAUUCCCAUCCUCCGGCGCGACCAUCACAUCCAGAGGGCCAUUGGCCUCUCCCAGAUGUCCUUCCCCACUGCCGACCUCACCCUCAAGAUGGAGUCUGCGCGCAAGGCUUGGGAAAACUCGCCCAGUUUGCCGGAGCAGAGCUCUCCAGGAGGCGCCGGCUCGGGCCUGCAGCCCCCGUCCUCUGGGGGGGCCUCCAGCGGGGUCAGCUACAGCUCCUUUGGUGGAGUCUCCAUGCCCCCCAUGCCUGUGGCCUCGGUCGCACCUUCUGCGUCUCUUCCAGGCAACCACCUGCCACCUCUCUACCUGGAUGGCCAUGUGUUUGCAAGUCAGCCCCGGCUGGUUCCUCAGACGAUACCUCAGCAGCAGAGUUACCAACAGGCUGCCGCCGCCCAGCAGAUCCCGAUCUCCCUUCACACGUCUCUGCAGGCUCAAGCCCAGCUCGGGCUGAGGGGCGGGCUCCCCGUCUCCCAGUCUCAGGAGAUCUUCAGCUCCUUACAGCCCUUCAGGUCUCAGGUGUACAUGCACCCCAGCCUGUCACCGCCCAGCACCAUGAUCCUCUCCGGAGGCACAGCCUUGAAGCCCCCCUACUCGGCGUUCCCAGGCAUGCAGCCCUUAGAGAUGGUGAAGCCCCAGUCCGGCUCGCCCUACCAACCCAUGAGUGGAAACCAAGCCCUGGUCUACGAGGGCCAGCUCGGCCAGGCCACCGGGCUCGGUGCCUCCCAGAUGUUGGACUCCCAGCUCCCGCAGCAGCUGACGAUGCCGCUACCUGGCUCCCAGCUGCCUCUGCCUCGGUAUGGCUCUGGGCAGCAGCCCCUGAUCCUGCCACAGUCCAUCCAGCUGCCGCAGGGCCAGAGCCUCUCUGUCGGGGCCCCCCGAAGAAUUCUCCCGCCCGGGUCCCAGCCUUCGGUCCUUAACACCAGCAGAGAGUCCUCUCAGAUGGAGAUGAAGGGCUUCCACUUUGCCGACAGUAAACAGAAUGUUCCUUCGGGAGGCUCCGUGCCGUCACCACAGACCUACAGCACCUGGUUGACGUCCCUGGGAGCUAGUUGUCUGGUCCUUGGAACACAUUUAGAAAGACGUUCUACAUUUUUGUUGCUUUUGGCAUCUCUCUUUACCACCUGUGCCCUCCAUCCCCCAAGGGAAGACUGGAAAGAUGCUCAGCAUAACUCACGUCUCGGGCUUUUCUGUUUGGGCCUAGCUCUGCUAGCCCCAGUGGGAAGCCCUCUGGAUCAGCAGUUAACAUGGGCUCUGUGCAGGGACACUACGUUCAACAGGCAAAACAACGAGUGGAUGAAAAGCCCAGCCUGGGAGCCGUGAAACUUCAGGAGGCCCCCUCAGCCGCCUCCCAGAUGAAGCGAACGGGAGCAAUCAAGCCCCGGGCGGUGAAGGUGGAGGAGAGCAAGGCCUGAAGGUGCUGGGCCUGGCCUGCCCUGCCCGGGAGGACUGCCGCCCUCGGCCUCGCCGCUGCUGGACGCUGGGGAGUCUCCCAGAUGGCUCCACCGUCCACCCACCUGGCCUGGACUGCGAGAUCUCCCUCCUCACCUCCACUCCUGAAAGCUCUGAUGUCCAACCAGCUUGCACCCGUGGAUCUAUGGCAUUGACCUGCUUGCUUUAAUACGAAACAAACAAAAGAGCAAAUGACUCCAUUCCCACCUCCUUUCCACCACGACUGUGACCGUGGAGUGACCGAGCCGUCACGCCGUGCAGAUUAAUCCCCCUCCCCUCCUCGUCCUGCUCCUGGCAGCUGGGGCACCCUCCACCGAGCUUCCUUCCCUCCCCGCCUUCCGUCCCUGGGCACAGUGGUCUGGCAGCAGGGCUGUUUUAGUUUGAGGCUUUUUGUUUUAAAAAGCAGCUAAAGGUUUUUACAAAAGAGAAAGGAAAAGAAAACAAAAACACAAGCUUUGUGUGUACAGCUGGACUUUUAUAUGUUCUUGCCAUCCUCUUCCUGACCCCUCUUCUGUUCCAAUGGUCUCCUUUAACCUCUCUCCUGUUUAAUUUGAUACAUCACUGCUAUACCUUAAGAGAGAACUCUUAGGAACGUGUCCUCUCCUGCUCUCUCUCAGUUGGUUGACCUUUGAGGUUACUUGCAAAAAGAAGUGGUGAUUUAAGACACUGCUCCUGAGCUUGGGAAAUGGUGCCGGGAGGGAGGGGGGUGGGCUGGCGUUUCGGUCGGCUCCCUGCCCCUGGCCUGAUGACCGCAGGGAGCUUAUGGCAACCCAGUGAAGCUGAUGACGUUUGUAGUGUAAGAAUUACACAGAAUUUCUUUCUUGGACUCUUCAGGACUGGUGGGGACACUGACCGCUGGGCACCCGAGGUGAAUCAUGGGGAUAAAAGGCACUGGUGUUUUCCAGUUUGGCCUGGACUGUGUGAGCUGACAGCACCACCCCAUCAGUGUCUGCUUCUGGGGCCCCGGCACCCACAGGGCCUGGUGUUUUCACACGUGCUCCCCUUCCUCCAACCUUCCCUUCCUUCUCCCUGAUCUGCAGGUUUCUCUCUGGGGCCUCCUGUCCUCCACUGCUCUGGCCGCUCGUCACUGGAAACCACGCGGUUCCUCCGUGGUGCCAGGCAUGUGCGUGGUUGUCACUAGAGACCAUGCAGUUCAUCCACGUGGCGACAGGCAUGUGUACGGGGGUUUGGUUGGGUCUAUAGUAGAGGCAUGAGCUUUGGGAGGCUGCUGGGAGGGCUUCGUUUUCUCCCUUUCUCUGCUCCCAGCAGCAGGCCCAGGCUGUGGGGACCGAGAGGCCUGAGCUGGGCCAUAGGUGUCAGUCUUUUCGGAGGCUGGAGCAGGGUCCAAGGGGAGAGGAUGGGUUGCAGGGCUGACCGUGAUUCCCAAAACAGCCUGGGUAGCCUCGUAAGUCUGCAGAGCUACCUCUAUCAAAAUCUCUUGUGUGAGGCAUUUUAUGCUAGGCUUUUUUUGUUUUUAAAAUAAGAACUAGAAGGAAAUCAUCCCAAACUCUGUCAUUCCAAGGAAAGGCGAGGGGAAAUUUGAAGUUUUGCACACGCUCUUGGGAGUAACUAACCCGCCAUCUACCUGCUGUUGCUGGUGGGUCCAGGGAAGACCUUGCUCAGAGGACGGGCAGCAGGUGAUCGGGGGCAUGCCCCACAGAGUCCAUCUGCGGUGUUGCUGCAGGUGUGGGACAGCCACUCGGGCUGUGAGUCUAAGCUCUGUCUAGUGUGGAACGCGGGGGAAGAAGCACCUUAGGAACCGCUGACGUCACUUGUUGCGCUUCACGGCUCUAAGGAAAUGGGGGAACAACAGCCUCCUGGCAAAGCGUGCAGGGCUUCUCCCGGCCUCAUCCGGAGAGGCCAGUGUUCGUGAAAGAUGCUUCACCGCUUAAUCAGUAGCAUCCAGCACUCCCUUCCUUGCCUCCACCCACAGACCUAACUUCUCACUAGCUUGUCUUUUUUUUUCUCUUUCAUCCCCUGAAUCUUUACGCUGAAGUCCCUUCUUGAAGGGCUGCCCACUGGACGGAGCUCCCCGUGUGCUCACCUGCUCUUGUCUCCUUUCCCCUGCGAGCGCCUGGCUGCUGUCCCUGCACCAAGCCACCCUGACCGAGCUCCGCUCUGCUCCAGCCGUCCCUGCGGGGGCCACACGUUCACUUAGAAACCUGGCCAGACCCCUCACACCCAAUUCCAGUGCACAUGGGUUGUCAAAAGGAAAAAGGCUUUCUCAUUUUGAAAUUCAACAGGGCAGUCCUGGAUGCUGUUACAAACUCUCAAGAUGUAUUCUUCAGGUGAACCUGCCAUCAGAGUGACAGUACUUCCUGUUUGAGGAAAAAUAAAAACGAAAGGGUCACCUGUUCUCCAGCCCUUUUCUCCGCCCCUGUAUUUCCCCACCACCACCCCC